GUGGAAAUCUCAGAGCAGCUGGACAGGCAGAAAAAGAUACCUCUUCAUUAUCCAGGAUUAAAAUGUAUAGGCCAGCACGGGCACCAUCAACCUCAAGAUUCCUGAAUCCAUAUGUAGUGUGUCUUCUUGUCGUCGCUGGGGUGGUGAUCUUGGCAGUGACCAUAGCUCUACUUGUCUACUUUCUAGCUUUUGAUCAAAAAUCUCACUUUUACCGCAGCAGCUUUCAAAUCCUAAAUGUUCAAUAUAGUGAUCAGUUAAAUUCACCAGCUACACAAGAAUAUAGGACUUUGAGUGGAAGAAUUGAAUCUAUGAUUACUAAAACAUUAAAAGAGUCAAAUUUAAGAAAUCAGUUCAUCAAAGCUCAUGUUGUCAAAAUCAGGCAAAGUGGUAGUGGUGUGAUAGCAGAUACUGUCAUGAAAUUUAAAUUCACUAGACCAAACAGUGGAGCAUUAAUGAAAAGAAGAAUUGAGGCUGUUUUACACCAAGUACUGAAUAACUCUGGAAACUUGGAAAUAAACCCUUCAACUGAGAUAACACAAAUUACUGACCAGGAUACAGUAAAUAUUCUCACUCAAGAAUGUGGGGCCCGUCCAGACCUAAUAACAUUGUCUGAGGAGAGAAUCACAGGAGGCAGUAGGGCUGAGGAAGGAGACUGGCCGUGGCAAGUCAGUCUACACCUGAAUAAUGUUCACCACUGUGGAGGCAUCCUGAUCAGUGACAUGUGGAUCCUGACAGCAGCUCACUGCUUCAGAAGCUCCUCUGAUCCUCGUCAAUGGACUGCCACCUUUGGUAUUUCCACAGCAUUUCCUAGACAGAGAAGAGGAGUAAGGACUAUUAAAACCCAUAACAAUUAUAGACCUGCAACUCAUGAAAAUGAUAUUGCAGUUCUCGAACUUGACAGGAGCAUCACCUUUACCGCAAACAUCCACAGCAUAUGUCUCCCAGCUGCUACCCAGAAUAUUCCGCCUGGUUCCACUGCUUAUGUAACAGGAUGGGGAUCUCGAAGAUAUGGUGGCAGCACAGUUACAGAUCUAGAGCAAGCACAGGUCUAUAUAAUAAGUAAUGAUGUAUGUAAUGCACCAGCUAAUUAUAAUGGAGCAGUCUUGCCUGGAAUGCUAUGUGCUGGAGUACCUCAAGGUGGAGUGGAUGCAUGCCAGGGUGACUCUGGUGGCCCGCUUGUACAAGAAGACUCCCGGCGGGUUUGGUUCCUCGUGGGGAUAGUAAGCUGGGGGUAUCAGUGUGGUCUGCCAGAUAAACCAGGAGUGUACACUCGCGUGACUGCCUACCGUGACUGGAUCACUGAGCAAACUGGGAUCUAGUGCAAGCAAUGCAUCUCUGUUGCGAAGUCUGUGCGCAGGUGUGCCUGUCUAAAAUGCCAAAGCUUUAUUUUCGGCUGCAAGAGAAACUGAAAGUGUCCCAUUUUAACAUCUUGGUACAUACACAUGGUUUCACAAACACUAUUUAAUCUUUCUUUAUUACUACAGAUUUUAUAUAUUCUCAAAUAUAUACAUAUAUAUAUAUAUAUGCUCAUAUUUAUAUAGGAACAUGACCUAGCACUGUGGCCACGUGCCAGGGAAAACAGCAACCUAGUGACAGAGAUAAUUUUAUUACAGUUGUGAGAAGUGCUAAUAGUGAGAAAAACAGGUACCCUAAGAGUGGAUCCUAGAGGAACCUCGACAAGUCUUCAGGGUCAAAGGAGUCAUCUCGGAGGAAGUCUCAUUGAAGCUGAUAAGUGGGCAAAGUAUAGAAACUUCCAAAGGAAGUGGUGGAAUAACAUUCAAGACAGAACAGAAUGUGGCAAGAAAAAUACUAUUUGAAAUUUAUGGUUACUCAAUAUUUUAUAGGUGGUAUAAGUCCUAAAAUAAAAAAUAUAUGAAGUCAUUGUACAGUCCUACAGCAAUAUUAAUUAUCCCAUAAGAAUACGCUCCCAUCAGAACUAAAUGAAUUUCAGGCAUUUAAGAUCAAAGCUAAAACAUUCACUCCUCAACUGAGACCCAAAGAAUUAUAAAUAAUUUUCACGAUAACUUUUAUUAAAAGUUAACUUCACCUACAUGGAGAGAAUGUAUCUCCUCCACAGGGAAGCUGAGGAAAUACACCUGUACAACCUUCUCAGGCUACUUACAACUACAUAAUGCUUUUUAACAACUAAGAUCGCCAGUGGCAGUUAUUUUUGAGGGUCUAAGGACCCUCAAUAGCUAAAUCCAAAUAAUGAAUUGAAAGUCAUGAGGACAAAAAUAGGAAUAGUUGAUUUGUAAAAAGAAAGGUUAAAUGGCUUAACUUCAAUAAAAUUAUCUUUGAGAGAAAAGGAACUUCUUUCUCUUCCUCUGUCUUUCUCUCUCUCUCUCUCCCUCCUUCCUUUACACACACACCACCAAAUAACAAAUUCAAUAAAAUCCAUUAAAAUUUAAUGGCACGGAGAUUUAUAUAGUCUGAAUCAUGAAUGUUACUGAAUUUUUAUGGGAUCCUAACACAACUAAAGCUUGGUUAUGUAUGACAUCUAUGUGUCAGGGCUUCCUCCUUCUAAAAGCUAACUCACAACUCCUGAGUAUCAGCCUGACUACAUCCAUUGUGAUGAAAACGUCUUGUAUUUUCUCCUGUAAAAUUGUGAAGAGACCUACCCUGAAGUCAUUCACUUUUAAGAAAAAGAAAAGAAAAUUUAACCACUUCUUGGUGAAAUGUGCAAACAAAUCAUUG